AUGAGAGCGACGCAAACUCUCCUCUCGAGGAGCUUCUUCGGGCGAAGCAUGGAUGAGCUGCGGCGACGAACACAGAUCGCCGUCUCCUUCGAGGCCAUCAAGGGCGCCACGAAACCCAAGCCCCUCUACGACUUCAACACCUCCGACAACGUCCGCGACUGCAUCGUCAUGACCGACAAGACCAUCGGUGGCUUCUCCGACAGCAACUUCGAAUACGCAACAUCCACCAACCCGAAAUCUCCCUCCUCCUACGCCCGCUUCUACGGCUCCAUCUCUACACGCCUCCCCGCCGACAAACCCAACAUCCAGCGCACCGGGUUCGCCGGCUUCCGAACUCCCGAUCAGCGACCUACGGUGUUUGGUCGAUCGAUGUGGGACAUUGAUCCCUUUCUCUACCUUGCGCUGCGAGUCAAGUCAGAUGGCCGCAGUUACUUUGUCAACCUACAAACCGAGAGUGUGGAACCGUCAGAUCUACACCAGCACCGAUUGUUCGCCAAGAGGCCAGGUCAAUGGGAAACGGUGCUCAUCAAGUGGAACGACUUUGUACGAACGAAUCAUGGAUUCGUUGUAGAGCCUCAGACUGAGAUGCUGAGGCAAAAAGUCCUGAGUGUGGGCGUUGGACUGACGGAUCGUGUAGAGGGGCCGUUUGAACUUUGCAUCGAAAAGGUAUGGGCUACGAAUGAUGUGUCAGAGGCAGACGCAGGAGCACCAACCGUUGAGGCCCCAGCAAAGGGGACGCCGGCAGAGGGUGGGUUAAGGAACAGAAAGGGUGAAAAAGUACGAUGGUAG